AUGAGCGCGUCUGCAACGCCUUUCUCCACUGCAAAUUGGAUUCCAAGUUGGUUCAUUAUUUGUUUCGAUUCUAUUCUUCUAUUCUCUUCUUUUCUUCAGUACUUGAAACAGAAUGAUUUCAUGGAGGUAGCCAGCAAAACAACGGACUCAUAUACUUGGAGAAGUAUCUUGAAAGGAAGGGAUAUCCUUACUAAGGGAGUGGGGAUAUGUCUUGCUAAUGGUAAAACAACGAAAUUCUGGUUUGAUGAUUGGAGCAACUUCUGUCCUUUAAUUCAGUAUGCUAAGGUUGAGAUAUCCGAGGAAGAAGCUGAGAAGUGCGUGGCUGAGUACUGCAAUGAGAAUGGAAAUUGGGAUUUAACCAGACUUCAAGAUUGUUUACCAGAUGAAAUUGUUAAGCGUGUGGCUUCAAUUUGGAUUGAUGCAAAUGACCACAGUGAUGAGGAGGUUUAUUGGAAGCUUACAAGUAGUGGAGAGUUCUCAACCAAAUCAGCCUAUGCAAGUCAGUUUGCUGAAUUAUCAUCUCAAAAUUCACAUUUGAAUUUGAUUUGGAAACUUAAUUGUCCAAAUAAGAUUCAAAUGCUUGUAUGGAGAUUGUUACAUGGUACACUACCAACUGCUAGUUACUUGUCCCAUCGACAUUUGACCAAUCAGGUGGCAUGUUUCCGGUGCUCUUCCUAUGUGGAGGAUAUUACACAUGCUCUUCGAGACUGCCCAAAGACAAAGCAGACUUGGCUGUCCCUUGAUAAUCAACUGACUCAAGGAAGAAAUUACCAGCUGGAUUCACAGUCCUGGAUUCUUCAGAAUUGCAAACAGAAGCAUUUGAAUUUGAGUAUACCUUGGUACUUAAUAUUCUUGUAUGCUCUAUGGUGUAUGUGGUAUUGUAGAAAUUGUGAAUUGCAUGACAAGGAUUUUGUUUCGCCUGGGAAUGCUGCACAACUGAUCCGAGGAAAAGCCAAGGAGGCUCAUGAUGUCUUAAACAGUUUCAAUUCAAGACUAAAGCAUAUUGCUAUGAUAAGCUGGGUUAUGCCUCAAGACAGAACUAUCAAGGUAAAUGUGGAUGGCAGCGUGAAAUCUCAGAAUGGAGAAGCUACUGCUGCAGGUAUUAUAAGGGAUAGUCAGGCUACCUGGUUAGGUGGUUUUGUGCAUAGAAUUGGGAUUGCUCAGGUUCUUGAAUCGGAAUUAUGGAGUAUCUAUGAUGGACUUCUGUUAUGCUGGAACAAGGGAUUUCGAAGAGUGGAAUUGGAAACGGACUCCCUCGAAGCAGUCAAGAUGAUAAGCAGCCUAAGGUUCAUGGGUCAUCCUCAACAUGGUAUCAUCAAGGCGAUCAUGGAGUUGCUGGACAGGAGCUGGAUAUGUUCGAUUUCACACAUUCACAGGGAGGCAAAUUCCUGUGCAGAUUGGUUGGCUACUCAUCAUGAUGAGAUGCAGCUGGAUUUUCUGGAAUUAAGGCAGCCACCCAGCAGCCUAAUACCCCUGCUAGUAGCAGACACCAUA